AUGGAGAAGACUACUCAAUAUCCAGAGAUCCUGAAUUUUCAGUUAUCUAUGGUUGGGCUGCUGCCAGUGUGGAGAUGGACUUCGGAGCACAAGGAGGAUUUGAACAGAAGUGCUAAGGAACGCUUAUUAAUUACCUUGCCAAAUCCUUCAUUUAGAAAGGACCAGAGCAAUGUUUCUCAUUCUUCAUAUGAUGAAGAGCAGGGAUCUAAACUUCUCCAAAAAGCUAGAGAGGCACCUUUUGUUCCUGUUGGAAAGAUGGGUUUUGCAGCAAUCAUUGCAAAUGGACUGUAUAAAUCGAAGAAUAGGGGAAAUACUAAAAUGUCUGUUCACCUGGUCCAAAUGUGUGUGACAGCCCAAGGCUUUGCUAUGGAAACAAUGACUCUUGGAAUGGGCUAUUCCCUGGAUACGGAAUUCUGGGCAAAGCCUGAACCUUAG